GUGUCCGCCCCUUCAGGCCGCUCCCACCCACGCGCCGGAAAUCCUGCGCGCAGUUCCCGGCCCACGGGACUCGCCGGGACGUCACAGAGGCCGCGACAUCACAGGCACCGGCGCCCACAGCAUCUCCACCGCCCCCACCAAAGAGCACAGUGGAGGCGGAGGGGCAGCAGCCACCAUCCCUCCCCGCCUCCCCCAGAGCCUCCCUGGUCGCCAACUGGUCUGCAUGGGGAUGACAGGUGCCAAUGGAUUUCCCUGCUGUAGCAAGGAUUCGGUGGACAUAGUGGAAACACAGAUUGACUUAAACCAACAUGAGCUCCCACCUACACAAGAGGAGUCCCAGCCUUCACAAGAGGAAUCCCAGCCUGCACAAGAGGAGCUCCCACCUGCACAAGAGGAGUCCCAGCCUGCACAAGAGGAGUCCCAGCCUGCACAAGAGGAGUCCCAGCCUGCACAAGAGGAGUCCCAGCCUGCACAAGAGGAGUCCCAGCCUGCACAAGAGGAGUCCCAGCCUGCACAAGAGGAGCUCCCGCCUGCACAAGAGGAGCUCCCGCCUGCACAAGAGGAGCCCCAGCCUGCACAAGAGGAAGAUGAGGAAGAGGAGGAUGAAUCGCUACACUUGAAUGUCCCACCUAAAGAGGACCCGGAACAAGACACAAAACUGGUGCAGGAGGCCAACACUCCGCCACCGUUGGAGGAGUAUUGCCCGGCCCCCAUGCUUAAGCCUGAGGCCAAGAAGGACUCCAGCUUGAAGGUCUGCAAUGAGGACCUGGAAUCCUCCCAGCCCCUCGAGGGGGCGCUAACGCAGCCGGACACCCAGCAGUGGAAUGUGAGGUCGAGCUCCAUCACAAGCCCAAGCCCGAGUAUCAUGGACGUGGAACAAGUGGACUCCACCCACCGCUCCAUCUUCGUGCAGACUUCCAAGCACCUCUUCUGGGCAGACAAAGAUAUCCAGGCCUCAGAACACAGCCUGGAUUUGGAGACCGGCCUGCAGCGCGGCAAGAGCACAGAGAAGAUCGCCAGCCCCCUGAACCAGAAGGCAGCCCCAGAGCCGGUCCCCGUAAAGCAGUUCCAGGACGCAAGCACCCAGGCAGAGCUUUCAGAACCAGGCACCGGGCAGCCCUCAGACACCCACUUGCCCUCCCCCUGUCUCACACCAGCUAUCAACUUACAAGAUCUGGUCAACUUCGCAUCCUCCCUGGCCAUCGCCUCCUCCAGCAACAGGGACCUGCCCAGUCUGGAGCACAUAAUGAAAUCUCCACCCCGGAAGGCCGUGGAGCCUUCUCCGGUGCCCACGGUGGAGAGCGCCACCCCGCCUGCCAAGGGGGAGCCAGAGCAGGAAAAGCUCCCUGAGUUGCAGGAGAGGGCAUCCGAGAAGUCGCUGGAAGCCGGAGAGCCACUGGAAUCUGCCAAGCAGGAAGACAAGACCCUGCACCCUUACUUUGACUUUAGCAAGCCGGAGCCCCAAAGGACCGCCUUUAAAGGGAAAGUCAAGUUUAUCCAGUGA